AUGACGAACCGCAACAUCUCAAUUCGAUCGCGCCGAGAACCCCCGGCGAGCCGGCACCGGUUCAGCAUCUCGACCUUCCGUGGGAUGCAAGCACCCGAGCUGAGCAAAAAGAUGACCAAGCUGAUCAAGAGUGAGAACAACGCUAUCGGCGCCCACGAAGCUGCCGGCCGUGAGCGCACCUCGAUCGCCGCUCAAUUGUCGGAAUGGGGAGAGGCCACUGAAGAUGACAAUGUCUCCGACAUCUCCGACAAGCUCGGCGUCAUGCUCGCCGAGAUGGGCGAGCAGGAAGACGUCUUUGCACAGAACCUCGAGGACUACCGCAACAUCCUGAAGCAGAUUCGCAACAUGGAGGCUUCGGUUCAGCCGUCGCGCGAUCAACGCCAGAAGGUCACUGAUGAGAUCGCCAAGCUCAAGUACAAGGACCCAAAUAGUCAGCGUCUGGUAACGCUAGAGCAUGAGCUUGUCCGUGCUGAGGCACAGAACUUGGUUGCUGAGGCGCAGCUGUCUAAUAUCACACGUCAAAAGCUUAAGGAGGCCUAUGAUAUCCAUCUGGCGGCCGUCAUCGAGCGCGCCGAGAAGCAGACCAUUCUGGCUCGCCACGCUCGUCGCCUGCUUAACUACAUCGACGACAGCCCUGUAGUCCCCGGUGAUGCUCGCCAGGCAUAUGACCAUGAGCCUCUGGCACGCCAGAUUCUCGAGGAUGCGGAGAACGACCUCCGUUCAUGGGAGCCUAGUGUCGAGCCCAUUACCUCUGCCGCUGACCAGGAGGACUCGCGAGCCCAGGUCAAUGGUGCCGGAAUCAAUGGCAUUGGCGCCAGUCAUGUCGACGGGCUGAAUGAGAGUUCGGAGCGUGUGUCUGAGAUGGACGAGCGCUCUCUGGUUGAGGGCAAUGCCAAUGGUAUCACCGAACCAGUUGGAACCGGCGCGCCGCCUGCAAAGAUGCUGGCUGAGCCUGUGUAA